GUCAAUCAGUUCAGUGGAUUUUAACCUUCAGUUUGAGCAGUUUCCUGACUGCAGCUGGAAUCUGUCGCGUCUCAUCCUGGUCUUUGUCUGUGAGUCUAUGUUUUUUGGUUGGGCCCUGGAAACAUGAGGCAUCUGCAGCUGCUUCUACUGGGGCUUCUGGCCCUGCACCGGAGCCUUUGCUUUGAGUUUGUGAUAGAUGGAGAAUGGGAAGACGAGCUGGAUCUCAAGCGGAGACACAAGAGAGCGAUAUUGACCAGCGAGGAGCAGGAAGACUUUGAGGCUGUCCGUGGAGAGGACAUCACAGUCAAGAGCUACAAAGUGGAGAGUCGGAUCACAUCGCGAUUCGCUCACACGACGGUGAGGAGUUCGGUGGUCAACUCUGGCGCCAACGCCCAGAGCAUCGGCUUUAAUGUCCAGAUCCCCAAAAGGGCCUUCAUCACCAACUUCACCAUGAAUGUGAACGGUAUCACGUUUGUGGGCUCUGUGAAGGAGAAAACAGUGGCUAGGAACCUGUAUGCUCAGGCCAGAGCCCGAGGCAAGGCAGCAGGCAUCGUCAGGGCAAACUCGCAGGACAUGGAGACAUUUAAGACAGAAGUCCAUGUUCCUCCGGGCAGCAACAUUGAGUUUGAACUCCACUACCAAGAGAUGAUGCAGAGGAAGUUGGGUUUCUAUGAGCACUCGCUUCAUCUUCAGCCCGGGAGACUAGUACCUCAGUUCCAGGUGGAUGUCUACAUCUAUGAACCAAAGGGAAUCUCCAAGGUAGAAACACCAACCAGCCUGGGUGAGAAGCUUGCUGGGCAGAUCAGAGUCACCCACACCAAAGACAAGGCUCACAUCGUCUUCAAGCCAAACCUCCAGCAGCAGAGGAAGUGUGAAAACUGCACAGAGAGUGCUGUUGAUGGAAUGUUGACUGUCAGAUAUGAUGUGAACAGAGACAGCAAUGCUGGCGAGCUGCAGGUGUCUGAUGGUCAUUUUGUGCAGUUUUUUGCUCCCUCCAACCUCUCACCUCUUCCCAAGAAUAUUGUGUUUGUCAUAGAUGUCAGUGGGUCCAUGUGGGGUGUCAAGAUGAAACAGACAGUGGAAGCGAUGCAAGCUAUCUUAGAUGACCUGACCAUAGACGACCACUUCAGCAUCAUCGACUUUAACCACAAUGUACGCUGCUGGAGCGAAGAUCUGGUGCCUGGCUCCUCUUUGCAGGUCAAGGACGCCAAAGAAUACAUCAAGAACAUCAAACCUAAUGGAGGAACAAACAUCAAUGAGGCCCUGAUUAGGGCGGUGCAGAUGCUGGUGAGGGCGUCCAAUCAGGGACUGAUCGACCCUCGCUCGGUCUCCAUGAUCAUCCUGGUGUCUGAUGGUGACCCCACCGUGGGGGAAAUCAAGCUCAGCAACAUCCAGAAGAAUGUGAAGAAGAUCAUGAGGGAAGAGUUUUCUCUUUUCUCUCUGGGUAUUGGCUUUGAUGUGGACUAUGACUUCCUGGAGAGGAUCGCUAUGGAGAAUAGAGGAAUGGCCCAGAGGAUCUUUGCUAACCAUGAUGCAGCGCAGCAGUUGCGGACGUUCUACAGCCAGGUGUCUUCCCCUUUGCUGAGGAGGAUAACAAUCCAGUUCCCAGAAGACACGGUGUCAGAUGUCACGCAGAACCGUUUUGACAAGUACUUUGGUGGAUCGGAGCUUGUGGUGGCUGGGAGGGUUUUGCCUUCCGACAGCAACACGCUGACCAGCUUCACCACCGCCUCUGCUGCUAGUAUGGACCUCACCCUGGAAACGGAGACUGACACCACAGAGCUGGACAUGGAACUGGCCAAGCACCAGCACUCGUUCACAGGCUUCGCCCGGCAGAUGUGGGCGUAUAUCACCAUCAAGCAGCUGAUCAGUGAGCGGUCUCUGGCUCCAACUGCGCCCAAAAAGAGAAAGAUCACUCAGAAGAUCCUGACACUGGCCAUGGAGCAUCAGUUUGUCACCCCGCUCACUGCUCUGCUGGUGGAGAGUGAAGAUGCCAAAGAGAGGCUGCUGGCUGACUCCCCGAAGGACCCCAAAAAUGGCUGCUGCCCUGGGAUGAUUGCCGGCGGAGGCAUAGCUCCCUCUGGAGUAUCACCUGUGCGUGUGGUCUACCAGCCUCCUCCCUGGGUCCAGCAGACCACACCAGUCCCGCCCAGUCCUGUAGAGAAGGGCCCAGAGGAGUGGGCGGUGCCAAAGCAGGUCAACUUAGUGGACAAUGACCCACACUUCAUCAUCCACUUACCCAGCAGCAAUAUGGACGUCUGCUUCAACAUUGACUCCAAACCAGGCCACAUUCUCAACCUGGUGUCUGAUGCUGGAACAGGUUUGGUGGUGAAUGGCCAGCUGAUCUCCUCCAGAAAGGUGGUAGGUAACAAGCUGAGCACCUACUUUGGCACAAUCUCCAUCUACUACCAACCCGAUGGGUUCAGCAUCAUCAUCAGCACUGACAGCAUCAGCAUGAGCGAUGGCACGGACAGCCACUCCUUCACCUGGGGGGCCACGGCUGAAAUCCGACAGGAUGGCCUGAGGAUUUCUAUCGUGAAGGACUCUCAUGUGACGGUGACAAUCAAUGAAAACGUCCAGGUGAUGGUUGUGCUUCACCGUGUCUGGAAGAAAAAUCCACUGAAUGUCGACUUCCUCGGCAUUUAUGUUCCCAAUGAGAACCAGUACUCCCCGCUGGUCAACGGAAUCAUUGGGCAGUUCUCUCGGGAGCCUGAAGUAAGCGUGUAUGACGUCCAUGAAGGAGCCGAUCCUCUAAAGAAGCAGGCCACCAUGGUGGUGAAGGGCAACAAGCUACUCGUAACAAGGGGUUGGCAAAAAGACUACAGACGGGACAAGCGGCGUGGCUCGAACAUCUAUUGUUGGUUCAUACACAACAGUGGGAAAGGUUUUAUCGAUGGCCACUACACUGACUACAUCGUCCCAACUCUCAACAGCUUCCUUCAGACAUCGUAAACACGCACAGCUGCUAGUCUGGUACUUUGUGUAUCAUCUUUCCAUGUUUGUAACCACCUGCCAUUCAAGGGGCACACAGAAUGGUUUUGUUGAUAAAUUUAUUCAAACCAUGAUCAAAAAGGAUUGUUCUGAUCAAUUCAAUUCUCAAUAAAAAAAAACAAAAACCCAAAAAUUGACAAAAAUUA